AUGAGCGUCGUACGCCUUGACGAAGAUGAUCUGGACGAAGAGGAUUUGGCCAUUCUCAAAGAGGUCGCCAAGAAGGGAUACUACCACAAUCGCCCAAAGAGUGAAUCCUGCGCCGCCCCGCAGCGCGUCGAGGAGGUCAGUGACAAGUCUCCGGAGGUGAAGGGUCGAGCUGCCUUCGAUGCUUUCCAGGCGAAGUGGGACCGUUUCGACAACGAAGACUACUUGGAGGCAGUGAUCGACGAGAUUGGCGAGAAGUUCGCUGUCGGAACGAAAGACUCAACGGCAAGCAUAGGCCCUGCCCAGCGGUCAUUUCGGCACGUUGCCGAGUUCAAAAUCCUGCUAAUCGGUGAGAAGGCAGUGGGAAAGACCUCCUUCCUUCUCCGGCAUCAAACAGGUGAGUUUUCCAGGAGUGGAGCUGCGCGGGACACAGAGGUGGUCUCGCUGCGCUUCGCUACGACAUGUGGAGAGAUCGUUUUCAACGUGUGGGAGCUCAAUCCCAGCGCCGAGGAGCGCGGCUUCGGACAGGGCCAGGCAGCCAUUCUCAUGUAUGACAUGGGGGCGAGAGCAUCCUGGCUUGAGCCCAAGGAGCCUGGAGAUGAUGUCGUGUGA